UAGAAAAUAAGUAGAAAAUAAAACAUCUGAAUUAAAUCGACAGAAACAGAAAAGUUUGCUGAAAGUCUUCUGAACAAUGACUCAUGAACACCACAAAGGAAGCAGCUGGUGUUCAGUCUGGGUGUGGAUCAGCUGGGUGUGUCUGCUCAGCUGCACACAGGAGGAAGUGAGGGGGUUGUACAGGUAAGGUUACCUGCAGCCCCUCCCUCACAGUCAGUCAGUCUCAGGUGGAGCUCAGCUUUCGUUUGUCUGCAGCAGUUUCCAUCCAGCUGAACGACGUCCAACAAACACUGACGGUGACAUCAUGGUGUUCCACCCAGAGUUUGAACAUGCGGGUCAGAAGGCGGGGCUUCAGGUGUGGCGGGUGGAGAACAUGGAGCUGGUUCCUGUACCUGACAGUCUGUACGGAGGGUUCUACAGCGGAGAUGCUUACCUGGUUCUCCACAGCACCGAGACCCGCAGAGGAUCCCUGCAGUAUGACCUGCACUACUGGCAAGGUACAGAAUGUUCUCAGGAUGAGAGCGGAGCAGCGGCCAUCUUUGCAGUUCAGAUGGACGAGUUCCUGCAGGGGGGGCCGGUCCAGUACCGUGAAGUCCAGGGCCACGAGUCCAGUACCUUCACCGGAUACUUCAAAACAGGGCUCAAGUACAUGAAAGGGGGUGUGGCCUCAGGGUUCAAUCAUGUGGUGACCAAUGACGUGGAUGUUCAGAGGCUGCUGCAGGUCAAAGGUCGACACGUCGUCAGGGCAACAGAGGUUCCUGUCACGUGGGAGAGUUUCAACCAGGGCGACAGUUUCAUCCUGGACCUGGGAGAGGAAAUCAUCCAGUGGUCUGGUUCCCAUAGUAACCACUUUGAGAAGCUGAAGGCCACCGUGGUGUCUAAGGGUAUCCGUGACGAUGAGCGGUGUGGGCGGGCCAAGCUGCUGAUCUGUGAUGAAGGGGCGGAGCCAGACAGGAUGCUGGAGGUCCUCGGGGAGAAGCCGGAGCUUCCUGAAGCUCACAGUGACGACACCAAGAUGGACGCCUCCAACAGGAAGCAGGCUCGGCUCUACAAGGUGUCGAAUACAGAUGGGGACAUAGAAGUUACCAUGGUAGCAGAGCACAACCCCUUUUCCCAGGAUGCUUUGCAGACCAGCGAUUGUUUCAUACUCGACAACGGAGCCAACGGACACAUCUUCGUCUGGAAAGGUAAGGAUUCGAACGCUGAGGAGCGCCAUGCUGUUCUGAAAAGUUCAGAGCAGUUCAUCCACAAGAUGAACUACCCAGCACACACACAGGUCCAGGUCCUUCCUGAACACGGGGAGACUCCUCUCUUCAAACAAUACUUUAAGGACUGGACGGAUCCUGACGACACCGUUGGCAUGGGAACGGCCUAUGUGUCCAAUCAGAUAGCAAAGAUCAAGAAGGUGCCGUUUGACGUGUCGAAGCUCCACCAAUCAGACGCCAUGGCAGCACAGCACGGUAUGGUGGACAGAGGAGAUGGAGAGAAGCAGGUGUGGCGUGUUGAGGGGUCAGAGAAAGUUCUGGUGGACCUGUCAGUCUUUGGUCAGUUCUAUGGAGGAGACAGUUACAUCAUCCUGUACCAGUAUCACCAUGGAGACAGAGACGGACACAUUGUCUACAUGUGGCAGGGGGCGGAGUCUAGCCAGGACGAGGUUGGAGCAUCGGCCAUCUUGGCUGUCCAGAUGGAUGAUGAGCUGGGAGGCGGUGCUGUUCAGGUGCGAGUGGUUCAGGGAAAAGAGCCCGCCCACCUCAUGAGCUUGUUCAGGGGCCAGCCAAUGGUGGUGUACAAAGGUGGGACUUCCAGAGAAGGUGGCCAAUCAGAGGCGGCAAAUACACGCUUGUUCCAGGUUCGAGCCAAUCCAGCGAGAGACACCAGAGCUGUGGAGGUGGAUCCGUCCUCCUCCAGUCUGAACUCCAGUGACGUCUUCCUGCUGGUGUCCUCCUCUGGAUCGUGGACCUGGAGAGGCUGCAGGAGCAGCUCCGUGGAGGUCCAGGGAGCCGAACACCUGGCCGGGAUCCUGCAGGUGACACCUGCUCCACUGGAGGAGGGGGAGGAGGAAGAUGCAUUUUGGGAUGCGUUGGGAGGGCAGGAAGACUACUGUCGCUCUCCCCGGAUGGAGAAUGAGAUGGAGGCUCAUCCUCCUCGUCUGUUCGCCUGCUCCAACAAGACUGGCAACUUCCUGAUGGAGGAGGUUCCAGGUGAGCUGACGCAGGAUGACCUUGCUCCUGAUGAUGUCAUGAUCUUGGAUACCUGGGACCAGGUGUUUGUUUGGAUCGGAAACAAGGCUCAUGAGCAGGAGAAGACGGAGGCGGCGGUGUCAGCUGUCCAGUACAUAGAGAGCGACCCGUCCUCCAGAGACCCUCGCACCCCCACAGUGAUGGUGAAGCAGGGGUUCGAACCGCCGACCUUUACCGGCUGGUUUCUGGGCUGGAACCACGAGUAUUGGAACAUCGACCCGCUGGAGCGCCUCAUGGAGAACCUGUGACAUCACUUCCUGUUUAGAGAUAAAGAGCUGUGGGUCUCACUGCUGCAAUAAAUAAAAGCUGUCUGCCUGCACACCUG